AUGGCCCUGCCACACUUCUACAGGAAAUCCCAGCAUGCCAUCCCUUCGCUCCCCCACCGCCAUCCCUUUUCCAAGCCGCAGAUUCCCACGGCCAACGUCCGUGUAGUGUGCCGCAUUCGUCCCAUGAAUGACAAGGAGAAGAAGGCUGGUGCCACACCCGCCGCCACCGCAUCCACGGAGCGAAAAGAAGUUGCCGUGGUUCGCAUCCUGGCGGGUGGCACCCGCCAGGUGCGGUCCACCUUUCACUUCGACGACGUCCUGACGUCCUUCAGCAGCCAGGAGGACGUCUUUCGCGCCACGCUGCAGCCGCUGGUGGGACAGGUGCUAGCUGGCUACGAAACCACGGCUUUUGCCUAUGGUCAGACGGGCACUGGAAAGACGUACACGAUGGAGGGACAGCUCGAUUCCGUGGAAGGCCGUGGCUUGGUGCCGCGCACUGCGAGCGCAGUGUUGGAAGCCUUGGCCACCUCGGAGUUUACGGAGAGUUCCGUGACCGUUUCCUACCUGGAGAUCUACAAUGAGGAGUUGAGUGAUUUGCUCGCCUGCUCCGAUCGACACCAGAAAUUGGAUCUCAAGGACGUGGGCGGCGGUCGAGGAGUUUGUUGCCAGGGCCUUUCGGAGGUCGAGGUCCAUUCCAUGGAAGACAUCUUGGAAGUGGUGCGCCGCGCACAGGAGAAGCGCCGAGUGGCGGAGACGCGCGUGAAUGCUCGCAGUAGCCGAUCCCAUAGCAUCUUUACCAUGAAGGUGAAGUGCCAGCGCGCCGUGGCUGGGGGCGAGCUGGAGAAUCAGGGCAAGUUGCAUUUGGUCGACCUGGCGGGCAGUGAAUGUGCCAAGAAGGGCGGCUUGAUCUAUUCCGAGGAUGUAUCUGCCGCAGCACGGAUGUUGGCGGGGCAGGAAGAGGAACGAGAGCGCCGCUCCAUCAACCAGAGCCUGUUGACCCUGGGCCGCGUCAUCACUGCGUUGCGGGAGGAUCGGAUGCUUCCGGAGCGGCGCUGGCAGGGCUCUGGUCGCGUUCCAUACCGGGACUCCAAAUUGACGCGGCUGUUGCAAGACGCCCUGGGGGGUCGUUGCAAAACCGUGAUCAUCGCCACCAUCUCGCCGGCCUUGGCAUCUGUCGAGGAAACCAUUUCGGCUUUGUCUUAUGCGGAACAAGCAGCAGGGAUUCGAAACAGGCCGGUCGCUUCCUCACUGCUGCGCACCGCCACGGUGUCGGCGCAACAGCGCAGCGUCACGUCGCACGCGGACGUCAGCUCCAAUUCAGGUUUGGGCGCAUCUGAAUGGGCUGAAUUGGAGAUGAAGGUCACAUACCUCUCGCAAGAGCUGGAAGAAGCUCAGGUGGCACUGGGCCGGAAGUACCAGGAAGCCCAGGAGGAGGCGGAGCGCGCGCAUCGCGCCGAGGUGCGGCUGGAUCAGACGAUCUCCGAGCUGCGGAAGGUGCAGCUGAGCUGCGAGGAGCAGACCUUUGCCAAGCAGCGAUUCGCCUCCUUGGCUGCGGGGCGACACGAGGCGGUAAUGAGUCUUCAGAACUCCCUGGCCACCAUGGAUCGUCAUCGCGUGUCCUUGGAGAAGCAUUUGCAGAGCGCCAAGGAUCAGCACAGGACGUCCCAGUCGCGCGCCAGCGAAUUCUGUCAGCAGCUGCAGCAGCAGCUGCCGGAGAAGGUGCAGCCGCUGGAAGAUCCGCGGGUCGAGGAGAAGAUCUCACAGAUGACUUCCAUCCAAAGUGCCACCUUGGGCGAGUUGCAGCAAGACCAAGGGCAGCAAUGUGAGAAUCUCACAGCGCUGACUUCGAAGCUCCAGACGCAUCGAGGUGUCCGCAACGAAACCGUUGGUCAAGCGUGCACCGAAGCCAAAACGGAAAUUCUGGAGAACCUCUCCCAAACCACCGCCACGUUGCAGAGCAUCGAAGCCGCCCUGUGCUCCGCGCAGCGGGUUUCGACGGCCGCCUCCAGCAGCGCCGCGCAGCGCGCAGACGGCGCCGCGGCGGCCUUCGCCGCAGCGGCGCAGCGGCUGCGGCAGCGCGUGGCGUCGCAGCGGCAGCGCCUGGACGAUACCGGGCAGCGCAGCCGUGCGGCGUUGAGGGCCGCGGAGGAGGCCGUGGUGGAACUCACCGAGGUCUCCAAGGAAUCGCUGAAGGAAGCACUGGAAGUGGUGGAUCAGUUGGAACAGAUGCAGAUGGAAGUCUUGAAAGAGAUGAAGGAAGAGGCAAAUCAAGGUGCUGGAAAUGUGGAGGCUGCCGCCGCAUCGGGCACGGAAGCGGUGGAGCUGGAACGCCGGCAUGCGGCGCAGACUGCGGAGCAUGCGCAGAAACGCUGGGAUUCCGUCACGGAAGCACUGCUGGAACAUGCCAAGGAGGAAGAAGUCCUUCUGCAAGAGGCACAACAGGCCUCCCAACAGAUCCAACAGGCAUCAGCGCAGCGCAUCGCCACCUGUGCCGAGAAGACGCAGGAAACCCAAGGCGAUGCUGUGGGCGCCGUGCAAGCGCUGCGCCAGGGUGCUGUCAAGGCGCUUCAAGAGCAGUGCGAGGAGAUGCACGACUUCGUUGAGGGCAACAAGGCGAGCAUCCUGGACAAGGACAUUCCUCUAAGGCCUGAUUCCUUAGUCCCGGAGCUGAAACUGCCGCCCAUUCCCAGCGAGGAACAGCUGCUGUCUGAGUUCCAGACCAGUCGUCAACCAAUGAGUUCCGGCUUGAUCCAGAGCGUCACCGCUGCACUGCGCAACAGCAAGCAAGUCUUGAGUCCGGUGCAGGUGAGCAACAUCCAGGAAGCUCUUAAGCUUUUGGAUUUGCCCUUGGAGGACAAGCCAACCUGGGGCUCCUCCGCCACGCGUGGUCUCUUCUUUGUUUUCGAGGGUCUGGAUCGCAGCGGCAAAUCCACGCAGAGUAAGAAGUUGGAAGAGUAUUUGUCCAAGGCGGGCCGAUCGGUGAAGUGGAUGUGCUUCCCCAACCGGAAGACGCCCAUCGGCACGGCCAUCGACCUCUACCUUCGGAGGCAGCUGGAACUUCCGGAUGAAGCGGUGCACCGACUCUUCAGCGCAAAUCGCUGGGAGAUGGCGAAGUCGAUUGUGGAGGACCUGCGGGCGGGGACCACCAUCAUUUGCGACCGCUAUGCUUUCUCCGGGGUGGCCUACUCGGCAGCGAAAGGCCUGGACUUUUCGUGGUGUCAAGCGCCAGAUCGGGGACUUCCCUGUCCGGAUGGCAUCUUCUUCCUACACAUCGAUGAAAAGGUCGGUGCUGCUCGCUCCAAUUUCGGGGAUGAGCGAUACGAGAACGCGGAGAUGCAGGCCAAAGUGCGCGCCCAAUUCAAAGAUCCUCGCCUGAGGGCGAACGUGCAUUGGAAAGAUGUGAACGGCGCACGCGACAUGGAGGUGAUCCAUGCUGAAAUCCGCUCCGCUGUAGAAGUCAUCCGACAAGAGGAUCAGGAGAACCGGCAGCGAGCUAUUCCCCGUCUCUGGGUAAAGUGA